AUGGCAUCACCCUCCUCCUCUUCCCUGCCCGAGCUGCCGCCCAAUUACCUCAAGGCCCUCGAGCUGAUUGAUGAGGCCCACAAGCAAGACCCUAGGACUUCGACCGUCACGGCCGAUGCCGACCCGGUCCCGUAUGAGCUUCAUUAUGCCCGCAAAAUGACGCGCUGGCUCGCGGUGCGAUGUCCGACGGCACCGCCCGUCCUGCAGCUGGCUUGCAGGGCCCAGCACUUCAGGAGAUGGGAGAUCCCCCGCAACACCUACCCCAUGACGCGCCCCGGCUACCUCACCUGGCGGGCCAAACUCAAGUCCCAGGCGGCUGCGCAGGUGGCAGAGUUGCUGUCGUCGUCUGCUGAAAUCCAGCCGCCUCUGCCACAGGAGGAUGUCGACCGCGUUGCAGCCUUGAUUCGCAAGGAGAACCUGAGCAAGGAUGAGGAGACGCAGGUGCUCGAGGACGUUGCUUGCCUGGUGUUCCUCGACGACCAGUUCGACGACUUCGAGAGCAAGGAGGAGAUUGACGAGGCCAAGAUCAUAAGCAUUUUGCAAAAGACUUGGGCCAAAAUGAGCGAGCCUGGUCGCCAGAUAGCAUUGAAGAUGAACCACAGCGAGAGGGCUCUGGGUCUUAUCGGCAAGGCUUUGGCGGGGUAA